UUGAGUGAGGCGCAGUUACUCUCUAUCUGUCAGGCGCCACCAGAUGAUCCCUCUCGCGAGCAUGGGCUGACGUUGCGAGAUCUACUCUCGCCGGAUAGGGCACCAAACACCGCGCAGACCCCCGCUACCAAGGCCAUGAAACGCGCGAGCUCGAUUAGCAUCCUCAGCGGCCUCGGCGUGCAAAUCCCUGACAAGACACUCGAGUCCUCGGAAGUGUCGCCCAGCCAGAGCCCAACAAAAUCCACCGCAAAUGGCAAGCGACCCUCAAAGCUGCGCAACUUCUUCGGUCAGCGGCCUCCGAGCGAACUCAUCACGACGCAUCUUGCGGAGUACUUCCCGUUCACCGAGAAGAAGGUGCUUGAGAGGACCCGGAGACAGAGCAUGAUGCGGGCUGGUGGUCCUGGCAAGCGGGAUAGCGUCGCUUCGUGGAACGCGCCUGCGCCAUCGCGGUUCAGCGUG